AUGCUUCAUUUUCAGGUAGAUUGGGGUCAAGCUAGCAUGAUCCAGGCUGAACGUAUUUUGCUCCAAAAUGCAUUAGUUGACCAGUUUAAUGAACGCUUCAUUUUCCUCUCAGACAGCUGCAUACCUUUGUAUAAUUUCAGCUACACAUACGACUAUAUAAUGUCUGUUUCAACUAGCUUUGUGGACAGCUUUAUUGACCCAGACCAUGACCGCUACCAUCCAAAAAUGCAUCCAGCGAUUCCUGUUGAACUCUGGAGGAAAGGAUCUCAGUGGGUGGUUCUGACCAGAAAACAUGCCGAGAUUGUUGUUCAAGACGACAUUGUAUACCCUUUGUUUGAGCAGUACUGCAGGAGGAAGUCAUUACCUGAGUUUUGGCGGCAACAUCCCCUUCCUGCGGAUGGAUCUAAGGAGCAUAACUGCAUACCAGAUGAGCAUUAUGUUCAAACCUUACUUUUUCAAAGAGGUCUUCAAAAUGAAAUUACAAGGAGGUCCCUGACUCAUACUUCAUGGGACCUAUCAUCCUCCAGAAACAAUGAAAGGCGAGGAUGGCAUCCCGUCACUUACAAAUUGGCUGAUGCUACCCCCCAACUUAUCCAGUCCAUCAAGGCUGUAGAUAACAUCUUCUACAAGUCCGAGAACAGGCGAGAAUGGUGCACGAGCAAGGGUAGACCAUCUGGAUGCUUCCUUUUUGCGAGGAAAUUCACACGACCUGCUGCUAUUCGCCUCCUUAACAUGUCUGCUCUCGUCAUCUCUACUGAAGCAACAAAUGGAGUAACCGAGAACCGCUUAAGAGGAAACGUAUAG